CAGGUGCUGUAUCUCAUACCCCUGGUCAAUUUCAGGUCGCAUCCUCUGCUACCCAGUUCCUUCCUCCCCUCCGGGCCUGUUGAUCCAUUCAUUCGGGCUCCUGGAUUCUCUCCCCUAGCAUCCCUGACAAAUGGUGCUUUUGGUGGUUUAGGAAACCCUUCUUACAAUCCUUCCUCUGUGUUCAGCCAGAAGGAAGCCUCUACGAUUCACAACUUCCCCAGUCCACAUGAUCCUUGGAAUCGGCUGCACCGCACUCCACCUUCCUUCCCUGUGGCACCCACUCAGAUCUGUGGCAAAGUCGGGGACCUGGAUCCACACACCAUGCAUAUGAAGGAUGAGAAGGACCGGGACUUGCUUUACUCUCGUUUGCCUCCACGGGUGUCCCCUCUUACACAAACCCCCCGCCUCCCGGGUGCUGAGGAGCGAGUCCCCAGCCGGAACCUCUCCCCAUAUGUGGCCAUGAGACCUGGGAGCAGUUCGGAGAUGAAACCUCGACUGACGCCAGACCAUCCUUCCAAAGUGAAAGUGAAGGAGGAGCCGGACUUGCUGAGCUUCGAGGUGGGCCGCUCUCCUCUGCCAGGACUCCACUUGCCCCAUCCUUCUCCCCCUUUUGAAAGGCUGCGAGGAUCUUUUCUGGGGGAGCAGUACCCCAAUGCACUGGAAGCCUGGAGAGAUGUGUACCGUAGAGUAGACCCGCCUCCUCUCCGCCUGCCAUCUGCAGCUCCUCAGCGUCUGUUUGAACAGCGGGAGGAACGAGCCCACAUACUGCGAGAAGACUUUGAACGAGCUCGCCUAUAUGGCCUACCUGCCCAUGUCACCAUGCAGCCUGCCGCACCGUCUAUGCUGGGCCCGCUCUACCAUCAUCCUGGAACUGGGCUACUGAGCAAAACCCCGCCCAUGAAUCUGCUGAGUGCUCCACCUCCCCUUAUAUCUACAUCGCGGCCGGGGUCCCCUCCCCGCAGGGACCUUUACAAGGACAGAGACUGCAGAUAG